UUAGUUAUUUUGUGGUUGUUACAGGGAUUGCUGUGAAAGGGGGCCGAAGCAACACCUACAGGGUUGCUUCAACGCCACCAUUCGUAAACGGAGUCCAAAAACACCCUAGUAGUACGCAAGUGUUUCACCUUGGCCACUGCGUGACACCUUGGGCAAGUGUCUUCUUCUAUAGCCUCGGGUCGACGAAAAGCCUUGUGAGUGGAUAUGGCAGGCAGAAACUGAAAGAAGCCCGUCGUGUAUUUAUGUGUGUGUCUUUGUGUCUGUGUUUGUAGCCCCCAUCAUCGCUUGACAUCCGAUCUUGGUGUGCUUAUGUUCUCGAAACAUAGCGGUUCGGCAAAAGAGAACGAUAGAAUAAGUACUAGGCUUACAAAGAAUAGGUCCUGGCGUCGAUUUGUUCGACUAAAGGUAGUGCUCCAGCAUCGCCACAGUCAAGUAACUGAAACGUGUAAAAAAAAAGAAUAAAAGAAGAAUAUAUAUAUAGAGAGAGAGAGCGAGAGAGAGAGAGAGAGAGAGAGAGAGAGAGGGAGAGAGAGAGAGAGAGAAAUGCAGAGAAACAGGACCUGAAAACUUUGGUGCACCCACAGGAAAUUCGGUGAAGAAAGAGACUGGUUCGACCAAAAUAAACUCUAUUACGGUAUUGAAUACUCCUUUUUUCCGACAGUCAAAAUUAAACGGAAAUAUAUAUAUAUAUAUAGAAAAGGUUGUUAAUCCGCAUGCGGGAUUCGAACACCGCCCGCAUUUACAGUGGGCUGAAUAACUGUAUUAAACACUACACCAGAUCGACAUCAGAGGUUUUACAUUACUAAUGCGAAGACUUAACAUAAGUAGCUAAAAUUACACAUGUACAGACAUUUCUACAUACGCGCACGCACACAAACGCACACAUAUGUAUCCAUGUUUGUGCGCGCGCGAAUAUUAUGAUACAGAAAUGAUUAAGAACAGAAGACUGUGUAGUUGUACUUUGAACGACUCUGAACGAAGUGACUGGCUAUUCUUUAUUCGGACUUUUGGCACCAUUUCUUCUUCUUUUAUCAUCGGCUUUUAACACAAACAAUACAAGAUGGCUUCCUGGUUCAGCAAAUUGCGACAGAAACAUCGUCUUUGGUGUACUUUACCGGAGUUCACCUUAUUUUCCAACAUUCAGAGUCCUGUCGUGCUGUGGAACAAAGCUGUUAACCAAAUCAUGAGGCCUAAGUACUCUCAUUUCGACUAAACAUAUCGCUCAUUCAUCACUCACACAUACUCUUCCUCUUUUUUUUUUAAACCUUUUUUAACCCUGGACCUUAUAUCCUCUCACCUUUCGUCGUAAUCACCUUGUCAUUUUUUCUCGCUUUCGCUUUCAAUCUCUCUCUCUCUCUCUACUUUUUUUUUCUGUUCCUCUUUCUCUUACACACGAACAUCUUUCUCUCUACAACAAUGUUACGCUCGCCAUCGAUAUCACCAGCGCCACCUUUAUCACUACCGCCACCACAGCCACCAUCGCCAGUACUUCUAAUGCUGUUACAACUGCUACAACGACCACAACUCUCCGCACCACAAAUAGUGACCUAAUUACAAUAACCAUCAAGACAACCGGCUACCAAACACUGAUACCUCUCACCAUCACCAUCUGGAGUGUUUCGGAGCUACCAUUGGCAAGGAUGGCGAAUAUUGGUGAUGGCCGACCUUGCAACGGGAUGCCGUGUCUAAUGGAGCAAGAUGAAGAUCCGAAAGAACAAAGCGAGCUGAGUAAAACACUUGCUGAUUAUCAGGCGGCCAGAGAGCGAAUAAAUAGCAGGUUGCACAAGAUCCGUUUAGAGCUGUCUGAAAUCAGGGAUCAAGACGUGAAGCUGUUGAAGCAGUUGAUACAAAUAAGUGAAACGAUUAAAAAGUUAAGUGAUGACCGCUUGAGUAAACGACGGACAUGGUACGGUCAGCGCCAAUCAAUAUGCAGCGAAACAUCGGACAUGUAUCUUGAUCUGGUGUCGCGUUCACCCGACUUGGACGAGUUCAGAGAGGCUAUGAUAUUCAGGCAGUUCAGCGAACCUACCUCCUUUUCUAGAGAGAUCUAUUUAGAUCCAACUGCAAGUACAGCAAUAUUCGAUGCCAGUGUACAUUUGUCGAAUGGAAACCACAGUAAGGAACCUCAACAGAACUGGGGCAUGGAUUUAUCGAAAGUUCCAUUACGUCACAGACCUCAUUCAGUGUCGAUUGUGUGUGAAAAAACCUACAGUAUGGAUUCUAGUCAGGAAUGGCUGUUCAAAAACGAUAAAUCUUAUGCCGAACUUCUCGAGAGGAGCAUCCGUUUGUGGAAAAGCAAACGGUGCGACAGUCAAAGUGAUGAAAACGACGAAAAAGUGUUGUCUUUAAUAAACGAAUACAUGAAAAGUGACCAGAAGCAGAAAAGCAUCUCCGACCAAAUCAAAUGUUUGUCGAAAGAUGAUACGUCUAAAAAGGAUUAUUGCGAUGAAGCUGAGAGUGCUGCCGCAGAAGCGACGGAAACUGAGUCAGAGACAGCGAAUUUCAUUGGUGAUAAGGAUGUAGUUAGGUCGUUAAGUCGAUCUUCUGGUACGAGUUUCAAUCUUUGUCGACGGAGUGAUUCUGUCGAAAAGCUUGAAGAGGAAAACGUCGUUCGAAAAAAUGUCGAAAAAGAUGUCGACUCGCAAGUUUCUUCUAAAACCACUCAUAAUCUCUUUAGUAGUAUUAGUAACAGCAGUAAUAGUCGAAAUCAUAGCAACAACACCAACACCAACACCAACGUGACAGUACCACCGCAACCAACUCAGCAAAGUGUUGUUAGUGAAGUGAAAAAUAUUAGAUAGUCAAAAUGGCUGCAGUAACGCUUUGAAACUUAUUUAAAUUAUAUGCGUGUACAUGUGUGAGAAAGAGAAAGAUAU